AUGCAUGAUCCGCACGCGAGGCCGCCCGACUCGAUCCGAGAACGUUUCAAGGAAUUGCGGAAGCGGCCAGCUUCAGAACUCGAUGCCGAUUCGCACAUUAUUGAUCCUCACGAUCCAGAUCAUACAAAAGUGUCAUCUCUUCCUCAUGCAGUGCCUCUCAAUGGCUUCGAACAGGGUACCUGCUCGAGAGACUUUGGUAUCGAUACCGACUUUUUCACUUGUCUCGGCGAGGAAAAACUUCCCCACAAAGCUUUCGAAGUUAACGGUCUGCCCGGCCUUCAGAUCUUUCCGUCUCUGCUUUCUCCUCGAUUUCAAGUGGCGCUGCUGGAUAAGCUUCUCCAUCGUGACCUGUCAAACCCUAUGCACAAAACAAAUCUCCAUCUCCACCACCAUGUUCAAUAUCCUGCUAUUAACUGCAGCCUAUCAUCACGAUCCUUCUUUGCGGCAGCCCGCAAUGUAGCCCUCACGCCAAAAGAUCAUACGAUUCACAAACCAAUCACGUAUGCCCAAAUUCUGGAAUCGAAGUUGCGAUGGGUUACUCUCGGUGGGCAAUACGACUGGACAAAGAAGGUCUAUCCCAAUGAAGCCCCUCCGCCGUUUCCUUCUGAUAUUGCCGCUUUACUAAAACAUCUGUUUCCCUCUAUUGACGCUCAAGCCGCCAUCGUGAACUUCUACAGUCCCGGAGAUACUUUGAGCGUCCACCGGGACGUCAGCGAGGAAUGUGACCGAGGUCUUGUAAGUAUCAGCAUCGGUUGCGAUGGUAUAUUCCUUGUCGGCGAUGAAGACGGGAGUCAUGUCGCGUUACGCUUGAGGUCCGGAGAUGCCAUUCUCAUGUCCGGGGCCUCGAGAUACGCCUGGCAUGGAGUGCCAAAGAUACUAGCCGGUACGUGUCCGGUCUGGUUACGAGACUGGCCAGACGUUCCACGACAAGAUCAAUAUCAACAAUGGCGGGGAUGGAUGAACAACAAGCGUAUCAAUCUUAACGUACGACAAAUGACCGAAGCAAAUUCCACUCAACAUCCGAGUGAAACAGAGCAGCCGACUGCGGCCGACUCGGUAUGA